CAGCACUGCUACGAUCCGUGGUCAGUAUUCGUUCGCGGCGCCGUGUUGUAACACUUUUGCUAUCACUCAGUGGACCGCAAUCCAGUGGACAUUCAUGAGAACUAGUUCAACUGCAGUGUGAAAAAGUGCUCCUAGGCUACGGAUUGAUUUUCCGCCUGUGUAGAGAAACAUUUUUCGGUCGGAACUGGUUUCAUAAAACCAGAAGAAUCGUGUCGGUUAUCGCGGUUGGAAAGAUUGAAAUUACCUCUGAGGGCUGUCAUCAGAUAAAAAGGAUAUUAGCGUUUGUGCGUUCGGAGUGAAAGAGACGGUUGUAGUUUGCCAGUAAGGAUUUAAUUUUUUUCUAUAUGCGUUCACGCGACGGUCGACGUGCGGUCGAGAGAAGAAUGUUGUUCGUUGGCUCUUCCGAGUUUCGCCAGAUAAAGUGACAUGAAAGGCAAGGCUCUUUUGUGAAAAGAAUUCCUAAGCUGCUUUGGCUGACCAAGCGCCGUCGUAUCGAAAUUUCGUCUGCCGGUCCGGUGUAAUCUUGAGUAAUGGUGAGAGAUAAGUGUUGCAGCAGAGGGAAAAAAAGUAGACGUGAUUAAUGUGGCAUUGAUGGAAAAGUGGUGUAUUCAACAACACAGAUAAAGGUGCGAUAAAAGGAAACUCUGGCAAAACGUUGCACGUGAGUCCGAAAGCCCCUAUCGGCGCAAUCAAAACCGCUGGUGAGAGGGAAAGAGAGCGCGCGCAAGCAGGUGGUCCCGUUUUGACCUAGUAUAGAGAGUAGGAUCCAGGCGAAAAAAAGGAAAAUGCCAACACGAGUGUAAAUAUUGUGCAAAUGGGGAAGAAAGCAAGUGUCUCGUCGCUGCUGCUGUUGCUGCCACAUAUUCGCAAUGAUUUCCUGUGCCGCUUUACGUAGUAGUACCAUACUACUGACUGAAAAGCCGACAUAGGUGCCGACCAGCGUGCUCAGGUGGUUGCCCCCAAGUGGAAUGUCGAAUGCACGAUUCACCUACCGCCCUUGAGUUCGCAGAACCACUUUGCUGCACGAAUCUCCCCUCUUAACCCUUCGGCUUCGGCUGAGUGUGAUUUAGCGGAAAAAUUGUUCCCAAUGUCCGGAUCCCAUUGUUGUCUAGUGCAGUCACAAUAAAAAAAAAAGAAAGGAUACACACAGGCGUGAGCAAUAUCGAUCAAGGAAUUGGUGUAUUGGUAUUGGUGCGCACACUAGUGAAUAUAGCGAAUGAAGAAAUAAUAAACCUUGACGCGUAAUUUUACCAACAUAAUCGAAAUGUGCGGGGGGUGGAGGUAUCUACAGCUGCAGUGUGACCGAAAGGGAGAAGGGGGAGGUGUAAAUGAGAAGUAACAAGAAGUGGUUCAUCUUCAAAGGAUAUAAUAACCAUUGCUAAUUUGAAGCAACUACCUGCACGUACGUAGGGAUAAAGGUCACUAUCGGAGGAUAAAAAUUUUCGAACAGCAGGCCGGAACUGUGUCUGUGUAUGUGUGUGCGUAUGUUUAUGUGGAAACGGAACUCGUGCUCAAGAGAUAUGUGAGCUUAUACGGUCAUCGUCCAACACGGUGGUGAUCCGGACAGCAGCGUGCUCGGCGGCCAAUUGAACAACAAUUGCCAUUCUGGAGUGUUUCUCUUCCUCCGGAUCCCCCCCGUCCCGACCCGUUCGUGUACGAUUUUAGUAGUGACAGCGCAAGAGUUGUACGUGACCGACUCAGUAAUCAGUAGCCGGAUUGAAAAUUUUGUCCCGUUGGAAUCAUCAGCGCACCGCAGUGUCUAGGAUCAUUUGCAAGUGAAACUUUGCCCCGCUUCCGGGUAGGGAAAGAGAUAGAUAGAGAGAGGGAAGUUUGUUUCUUCUGCAGUUAUCGCAUCCCGGAAUCCGGAAAUUGUCAUCAAUUUGUGCAGGGCUGGGGGUGGGUGAACCGAGUGUUGUCAUGUGUUCGACAGGAAAAUGAAGAUUUAUGAUUGUUUAAUGAGUCGAUGGUGGUGGUGGUGGUAGUGACGUAGAAUGGAUGGUGAUCAGUGGUUCCGUGCAGGUAGCAGCUGGGCUUUCGAAGAACCCGACCUGGACCUGGACGAGUGAUGUGAAAAAAAAAAUUCCAGCAAUCAAUCAGUCGGAGAUUUCUGUCAAUAAGUGUCAAGUGUCGGUACGGAGAUGAAAUUGAAAUAGAUAGGAGUGUGUUACCGGUUGAAAACAAGAGGCAGGAAAUUUGUGGCCAGCAAUUUUGAGUUAAGGAAUAAUCGUACGGAAAAGUAGCUGAAAAAAAAACAACCUUUUCAUCGAACCCCCCAACUCCAGCUCGGAUAAGCCACCGGCUGAAGCAGACAGGAUGGGCUGCGGCCAAAGCAAGAUUCACCUCUAUCCGAGGAAAAACAAAAGUAAAUCAAACGGCAAGAAAAGUGGCCACAUAGAGGAUGCCGACGCGGACGAAGAGGACGGACACAACGGGCGGGACGAGCGGGACCGCGAAAUCAACGGCGAGAAGGAGAAACUGGACGAAGAUGGGUCGUUACGGGACGACGGUUCCCCGGAGCCACCGAACGGCGAGAUUGUUUCGAUACUGCGGAGAAAUGGAUCGUUACUCCAGAGCCAGGAAAUUUCGACCAGUCAGCAGAACUUUUUUCGGAUGCUGGAUCAAAAGAUUGAAGAGGGGCCUGACUACGAUUCCAGCAGUGAAACCGAGCUCGCAUUGGAGGAGGCACGAAUGAAUGCCCUGGUGCAGCACUGGGAAUCCGCCAGUCUGACGACGUCGAUGUGUUCUUCCACCAGCCGAUCGCUCCAGGGAACUCCAGUGCGACAGAUGCCAAUGAGACAACCUCCGCUGAGGCCAGCUUUCCAGCAGCCGCUCAGUGCAGAAUUGCUUUCCCAGCAACAGUUGCUCAAACAGCAGCAGCAGUUGAUUCUUCAGCAUCAUCAGCAACAACAAAUUCAACAACAGCAACAACAGCAACAGCUGCAACACCAGCAGCAACAACAGCAACAACAAAUCAUACACCAAAACUUCAACAUCAACAUGAACAUCAACAGUCCGAAGCGAGUGAUCGGAAGCGGGAAUGCCGUCAGCGUCGGUGGUAUUCCGGUUAGUCUGGAAGGUCGUCAGCUGCUAUCGCAAACCAUCAUCCAUCAGAACUACGGGGUCCUGCAGCCACCGCAAUCGGCAACCCAACUUCGUCCCAGCACCGGCCGGACCCUGCCAACACCGGUUCAGUGCUUGCAGAUGUCCUACUAUCAGCAACAACAACAACAACAGCAGCAGCAGCAGCAGCAGCAACAACAACAAUUACAACAACAGCAAUCGCAGGGUUUAGCCGGACCACUGUCCGGCUUAGGAGCCCUGCAACAGUUCCAACAGCAAUCGAUACCACCUCACGCAUACUACAAUGAUAUUCUAAGGCAUCCUCUGCAGCUCUCAUCCAGCCAGCUUCAACAGCAAUCCGCGUCCGGCAUUGCGUCGGUAUCCUCUUCGCUGCCAACCGCCGGUGGUCCAUCGUCCGCCCCGCUCAGCUCGUUGAUAUCCGUCGGUGGUAGUGGGAGUCUACUGUCCUCCGGUCAGCAGCAGCAACAGCAGCAGCAACCUCCGCCACCAGAUGCGCCUCGUUUUCCACCAGCCAUAUCGGUUCAACGUCUAGCACCGCAAGUGCAACGCCAAAUCCGCGAAACACAGGAACUGAUCAAGGACUCCUGUUCGCAGCUGUACGCCACCAGCUACGGCAGUCCCGGACCGCCUCCGAUGGCACCGCUGAGAACUAAUGCAGCUGCCGCGGCUAGUGCCGUUGCGGCGGCUCGGGCAGCAGCCGUGGCGGCUGCUUCGGCCGCACGACGACCACCACCGCCACCCUCGCUGGACACACAGUAUUCGCAGGAACUUUCGUGAUAUCUAGACAAGUAGUGAAUCCAUUGUAGUGCUAAUUAUAAUUAUAAUUACUUUUAUUAUUACCAAUCAUUCAUACGUUGCGAUUCGGUUAGGACGAUUUGUUGAGUCCAUCUGUGACCCAUGAUGGAAUACGUUUUUAUCUGUAGUUCACGUAGAAUACAUCCCCUGAUUUCCAACACAUUUGCGCAUCGCGAAAAUUAAACAUUUGAAACCUUGUUUUCUAAGUGGUAAUCCAGAUAGGCAAUUAUGAAGUCUUCGGACGCAAGUGGCAAACAUGUUUUAUUCUAAGUGUUCAUCUAACGGUGUUUGAUGCGGGUGUUGUCACUUAAUUCGAUCGAUAAAGCAAAAAAAUAGUGAGUGUGUCUGUCCAUUUGAAAAAAAAUACGUUCUAUUAUUUUGUCUACCAUUUCUAUAAAAAAUCCCAACUGAGUACAAAACCUACAUCUAGGCAAGAUUGGACACUGAAUUGUUAUCUAAACUCUAAAAUGUAACACAGAUACUCGAACCACCUUCCACAAGCCACAAUUCAUACCACAAAAACACACAUGCGUCUGACACUAUCCAGCAAUGUCGAAAAUGCACCGUCCUUCAACCAUCAACCAUAAGAAGCUUACCGGACCAUGACAGAGUAUGGAACAGCGGCAAUCUGUACGUGUGACUAGAAUCAGAACUGCUUUCUGAAGAAUUUUUUUUUCUGGUCAUGGUUUACCACCUAACCUGGUUAUCACAUGGCAAACAUUCAAAUUUUGAAUUCAUUAUUGGUUGGUAAAAUCCGGCUCCCUGUCACGACGCCAUCUUGAUGAAAUCAAAAUCGGAACUUCAAAAUCAGCUGAUUGCAACGUAAACAAACAAACAGUAAUACAUUUGUUCUACGCGUUUACCUUGUUUAGUGCACGAAAAUUAGUGAAUCUUGGGACUCUCUCAUAAUAACUUGCCGGUUUACCUAAAAUACAGCAGACAGUGUUUUGGGACAUCAAGUGGGGAUAAUUUUCACAAUUUGAGAGUCGCGAUGAGUAUAAAACAUCGCAGUGUUUGGGGCUCGAAACGCGAGGGGCUCAACGUAAUCGGUAUACUUUCAAAUGGCUGGUGCUCACAUACCGGAGUCAGAUGGGUGGUAAAAUCCCAUACGUUUGGCUGGCUACCCUGGCUGACGUUUGAAUAACAGACGGAAAGAAAACCUCAUCGAGUGGGCCGUGACUAUUUUGAAUCCGUCAACUUCGAACGAUGACAAAUCGAGAAUUGAUUUUAGUUUUUAUUUUCAUUCCUAUUAUGAGCAGGGCAAGCAUCGAAUCAACCGGAACGUUUUUUUAACGAGGCCGAGUAAUUUUUACCUUUCUUAUAUACAAAGCUCGUGCAAUCACUGUGAAAAAACCGACUUUUCAAUCGAGGCCCGGAGGGCCGAAUGUCAUAUUUCAUUCGAUUGUUUGUGUGUGUGUAUGUAAAUAUUGUCACGCAAUUUUCCCGAAGAGCCGAUUUUCACCAAAUUAGAUUCAAUUGAAAGGACUUAUGGUAUUAUACAUAAUACAUAGUUCCUAAACUUCAUUUGAAUCUGGACCUCUGGUUAAAAUUAUGUCAGUAGCGAAUUCUUUUAAUUAGCGAAUAAAUUUUGAUUCUAAUUGCAGAGGGGCAAAACAAACUCAUCAGAUUUCAUAAAAACCAACUCAUAUUAACAGGUUUGAUAGUCCCAUGGAAAUCUAAUAACCAGUAUAGAUUUUUAUAAUAAAAAUACAGAUUAAACUGUAUACGUGGCAACCGAGUUUCGCACGGCAUAUUUCCAAACGAUACCCAUUCUAGUAUAAAAAUUUGCUCUAUAUCAACACUUUCAUUUUUGCCUUGUGUUUUCACUCUGCAGAUCUCCACCUAUUAACCCUCUUCACAACCGGAAGUCGGAUCCGAAUGAAAUUCGUAUUGGACCACAAGAAAAUCGGUUCAGCUUUCUCUGAGAAAAUUGUGUGCUCAAAAAUGUUACAUACACACAUACAGACAUUUUCUGAUCUUGACAAACUGAUUACAAUAGUAUAAAUGCUCAAUCCUCUGGGUCUUGGUUCGAAAGUCGUGUUUUACUGUGAUUGCAUGGUCGAUGGGGGCGCCAGUUUUCCUCGGUACGCCACUGCAUUUGUACCGAACUCCGUACGUGAUCAGUUUCCCAAUUUGUGGCAAUACAAGAAAAGUAGAAACUUUGAACCUGUGUAAAUUUCAAAUUUGCUAUACACUGGAAACACUACUGCCACCUACUCGGCUAUUCGUCGCGAUCUUUCAAAAUGUUCCACUACGCUCCAGAACGAUACUGAAAUCAUCCUGUCUGUUAUAGAAGUAUUCCAACUACAACAAUUUUAACACUUAUCACAUAAUUCUCCUAAGUGUUGAAGACAACUCAACGUCGCAUAAAUCACACGAGAAUUCGGAUGGAAUAAAACAAAAACAAACUUGUCACUUUAACCAACAGCAAAACAAAAAUCUAGCGUGAAGUGAAUGUUGCAUCCAAAAUUGUGUCCCAUGUGAGAGCGGCGCCAGUCGAUCGUGAUGAAAUCUGCAAGUGUUCGCCGCGCUGAAUGAGCAAAUUUUACACACAGUUCAUAUGUGAGCCUAUAUACUCUGUGGUGAAACUAAUAUCCCACUCAGCAAGCGAUUAUAUUUUGUUGGUCGUUGAGCAUUUGUUGAACGGCAUAUACUGCACGAAAUAAUCGAUCAGUUUUCAGGAACGGUUUGUUUUUACUCCUACAAAAAUAGUGUGGAAAUUGAGUGUUUUCUUCAUGUUGAGGUUUCUAUGCCCGCUGAAAAAUGAACGGCGGCCCUACUGAAAAAUGGGUGGCCAACUCGUUUCCUGAUGAAAACAAAACAAUAUGUAAAAGCGAUUCACACGCAGCAUCAAGUGACUAUCACCUGCAGGGAACGAUUACGGAACAACAACAUUAAUUGUAAGCAAUUCAUAUGAAAGGACACUACGUCAAGUUCACGGAACAUUUCAACGUCGGAUACGUGAGCAAUAUUCGGCUAAACAAAUUAAUAAAAAUAAUCUGGGCGUCGACGGAAGUUGAUUGAUCGUCUGAACCGUGUUUAAUGCAUGCGUUUCCUGAUGAAAACAAACCAAUCUCAUUUGCAUUUGUGGUUGUAAGUGAGCUGUCAGAGUGCCUAAUAGAAAGAAAAUAUGUUGUUGUUCUACAGAAGUAGAAGUAUUCUACAGGUAUGUAGUGUUCAAUUAAAAAUAUAAGGGGAUUAACAACUUCCGAAAUUCUCCAGUAAAACUAGUCCUACGUGGCUCCUCGGUUCAAUGGUCUGUUUCAACAUCGGCAAACAAAGGUCUGGACGUUUCUUGGACCAAGGAACGCUUUUUUUCUAAGAGAGAUAUCAUUCACUACAUCCAAGCCCGUACCCAGGAUUUCGUUUCGGGAGGGGCGCAGAGAUUAAAAAAACAUCUACUGGAUUAUUUUUCAUGUAUCUAGUUCUAGAUGUGCCUUUUAUUUCGUGGAAGCAUGAGUGAACAUACGAUGCUCUUGUGUACCGGCGCAUUGUCGCGAAAAUAUGAUUUCUUCGGUUUUCAAUUGCUCUGAUAAUAUAUACUUAGCUCAUGCGGUCAAAGAGUUUGUCUGUUCUCUGGCAUAAAUCAAUACCAAAAAUCCAACCGAACCUUCAUCAGCGUAGCGAAACAAGCUUCCGAAAUGUGCUUGCGUUUCUUUCCGUUUGCAGUAUAUUGUUUAAACUAUGAUAUGUGCCGAUGUUAGCUCGCACACCUUCAUUUCACGGUCAUCCAAUACCAUUUUAUCAAGGUUUGGCAUUAUCCUUCGUAACUGUCUCAAAAGUUCAGUUUUAAUUUUAGAUUCUCGAACAACUCUGGUGAGUUUUUAGCAGUAUGCGGACGGUGCACGUAAUUCUGGAAGUACCGAAAUUUCAUAAUUAUUUUUAAUUGCAUUUUGAGCCACCACUUACAUUAGAAAAAAAAAACAAACAAACCCGACCAAUUGUGUCCCGCCAAGUCCCUUCCUACAAAUAGUCACAGUGUCAGAAAAAUUAAGAAAAAAAAUAUAAUGUUUAAACAAAGAGACACCCGAUUGUAGUUAUCAUUAAUAGUAUAGUAUUUAAUAAGUAAACAAGCAAGUGUUGAUGAAAAAAAAAACAUAUAGAAUUUAGAAAAAAAGAAGCAAAGCGAAACUUGGUACGAACGGGAGAUGAUUAGAUACAAAGAUAGAGGAAGUCAAUACAAUUAAUACCAAAUUAGACUAGAAACUUACCAAAUUUAGAAGAAAAAAACAACCCAACUCGAAAACAAACAUUUCCGAAACCGACCCCCCUUAAACAACCGAUGGAUAGUAAAUCCCAAAUUCUUCUACAUCGCCACCGAAGCGAAUCCCUUUUGUAAACAAAAUAUAAACCAGUUCAGUAGUAGUUCUGUUUUGCUUUUCCAUACAACAACAACAAAGAAAAAAACGAAACAAGUGGCAAGAGGCAAGAGCCGCUACACAUUAUUGUUUAAAAACAAAUAGCUCGUAAACACGUUUGAUAACCGUAUAUAUUUUUGUACCUUUUUUGUAAAAGAUCCAAGUUGAGUAGAUAAAAAUUGAACAAAUGCAAAACAAAAAAGGAAGACAGUUUGUGGCAGAAGACACGUCUAGACAUUUACAAAAGAAGCACAUUAGUUGUUUGUAUAGUAAUGAGAAUGCUACUAUUCCACGGGUCGUCGCCGAUGGUCAAUAGAGUAUGGAACAAUGCAACAAAAAAGCCACAGAAGUAGACUGACAGUUCAUACCCGAACGCUCACCGAAAGACGGACAGUUUGGCAAGCUCAAAGCCUCACUUUCACUUGCAGUUUAACUCGUCCUGGACUUUGAUUCGGAAUUCAGUGUGGUUUUCAAAUGAAUUCCGAAUCAGAUGCAAUAACCGAUUCCGAACCGAUUCGAAUCUGAAUCGGUUUUUUUACAACUUCCAGAUGAGUUGACUCAGCAUGUGCCCGACAGAUUCGUCUGGAAGCCGAUGCUUUGGUCUGCAUUUUAGGAAUGCAUCGACUGUCGCCAACAGGGAAAAUUGUCGACCCCACCUUCCCCCUCCCCCUCUUCACAUGAUUUCACACCCCCCUCACAUUUAGAUACAAACCUCACGAACAACCAAAAUUAGGUUAAAGCCGGGUAUAAAUAAAUGAUAUAAAAAAAGUGGACCCCAGUAAAAAAAACCAACAUUAAUUACGUCCAACAAAUAGUUCAUCAAUGGUCUAAAAUUGAACGACGCUGGAACACAUUCGUUUGAUUUCUUAUUGGGUUCCCCAGACUUUUGAAAUGACCGCGCCGUUUUGGUUUUUUUCUUUCAGCUCGCCAAGCCCGUUUUCUGUGUCUUACUUUACAGAGUAAGACUUCCUGCGGACUUUUUUUCGGAUUCACACACUUUUGCAACCCUGUCUCAAGAUAUUAGAAAAUUUUACCUGUCAUCUCUGCCGGUAAGAGUUUGACAUGAACCCGCUUGUGAGAAAUUCUCGCAGCCGGCAGAAACCUGGCAUGAAUCCGGCAGCUGUCAAAAUUUUGCAGACGAAAUUGCGUCAUUCUCUCACCACGUCACACCACUGCAAAAUCGCUUUUCCUUCUAUUGUUUUUUUUUCAGUUCGAUUUUAUUUGAUAUUCGCCAAUGCUGCAUGCACAUCCAAAAAUGAAAACUGAUAUAUUGAGAGAAGAAGCUUUGCAUAUCAUGUUUGGUAGUGCAAAAGCUUCACACUUAAAGUCUCGGCCGAGAUUCGCACAGCCGAGUAAUCAGUAAUCAUCUCGGCAAAAAUAAAAUUACUGAGCGUCUCGGCACCCUCAAAUUUGACAAACGUCAAAUAUUGCCGAAAUCGUCAGCAUAAGAUUUACUGUUUGCUCAGUGAAACGUUCACUGAAUAUUCGGCAAUCCAAUAAAACGGAAAAAUGAAAAAAUAAAUUACCGAAUCAUCAGUAAUUAAAAAUCUAGUCCAUUAAUUUUGCUUGUAAUUUCUCAACAUUAUAAACACGCCAUUCAGGAUCAAAAAUUCAUUUUAUUAACACUUAAAGGAGGCUUACAAAUUUUUUGUCCAGAAGUGCUUAAAGCCUCUACCUGAAAACAUGUAGCAUAAAAAAAAAAUUAAAAAAGUUUGUCGGAAGGCUCGCAUUUGAUACCGAAUACUGUAAAAACCAUGCAAAGAGUUUUAAAUGCUGACAGUAUUUCCGGUCCUAUGGGAAUUAUUACAUCUCUCCAAACUAAUGCGCAGUCUCCUUCGCCAAAUUCCUCAGACAUCACUACUAACAGCGGCGUUUCUGGAUGCGGCCACCUCGAGUCGAGCUGUAAAUAUGAAAAUAGAAAUAAAAACUUACUUUGAUUUAUUGAAUUAUUCCAUGCAUUGGAUUAUUUUUUCGCAUAUUCCCCAAAGUUUUGUCUCGAGGACGCUUUGAGCCCCGUGUUGGGUGUUUUUCCCUUAUAAUCGCGAGUGCCCUGAUAAAGUCGCUUUUUAUAAAGCGAAACAUGUCACUAUAUUUAUUCAAUAUUUUUACUUGCAAAUGGUUCCACGCUUCUUGGAAGAUUAUCCAUUUUUUCACUAGAGAAUUUCAUCAGAAAAUAAUCGCGCAAUGCGAACGCGAAGCGAAAAUGUAACGCGGUAAUAAAUGACAGCUGUCGUGCUGAAUCUCGGCAACAGCUAGCGCAUAUUCCGAAAUCUCGGCAAACGUCUCUGCUGAUGUCGGCAUAACUGUUGUUUACCGAUAAAUUCAGCAAGCAGUUAUGCCAAAUUUCGGCAAAGUGAAGCAUUUUACCGAAAUAUCAGUGAAUGCAUUCAACGAAGUUCAGAAACAUGCGUAUUGAUUACUGUUAUUACUGUAUGUUAUUGUUCUUAAUUUAAACUUCCAAUGAAAAAAAAUUAAACUAAAGGCGCUAAAAAUGAAAAUCCGUUUCAAACCUGUCCUGUCAGUCUUUUAUGGAAAAAAAACAGGCAGAAACAGAACCGUUAACAACCGCUAGGCAAUAUUCUCUGCUGGAAACGGUUGUUGCUUUGUUGCUAGCAUUCCGGCGAAACCUUCUGGCAUCCGGUGCCAGGCGUCCGGGGAGAAAUCUGCCAGGCAUAUGCAAGCGGGAAUGUGCCAGGAUUCUGAAACCGAGCCGUAGAAUGCGCAUCUAGAUAAACAAACAAACAAAACAGAAAUGAAAGCUUGUAGAGUGCGGAGCGACCCAUCUAGAACUAGAAGUCUAUUUUAGACAAAAAAAGAACAGAUAUUCGUACCUUCAAAAUGGCCGCGCAAUGCAAAUGUAAAAAAAAACGUAACACUGUCGACAUGUUAAAAAUUUAGAACGUACAGCAACUCUGUUUCAAACUAAGCUAUCCCGUUUGACGACACUAUUGCUCCAAUUUUACCAGAACGGGAAUAACACAAAAUAAGGAAACGAUACUUUGAUAGCAAUCUAAACAUUUCUAAAUUUUACUACUAGUGAAAUCAAGCAUCAGUAAAAAAAAGUGUAAAUAAGAUCGAUCAUUCAAAGGAAACGAUACACUGAAAAAGUUAUACACCUAAAUUCAUCAUGUUAUGAUUAGUAAGUGUCGGAGACCUCCAAUGCCAAAGCCGAGAACACGCAACUGAAUGAGGAAAACAGAAUGGAGCAAAGCUCCUACCAAAAACUCAUGUUUUCAUAAAAACAAAACAUUCUAACAUAAAAAAUUUCGAUGGAAAGAUAAACAUGUUUGAAAAAAAAAUUCUAAAAAAUGAUCUAACAUAAAUCACGAUGGAGAUGGAGAAAAACGAACGAACACGAUCGUUUUCAUUGAAUGUGAUCAGUCAGUCAGUCAGUCAGGCUUGGAAGCCUGGUUUGGUUCGUCCAAUCGGUGUAGAGAAUACAUUUUAAUAAAUCUGACUUUAUCAUGCCAACGCUAGAGAAAACAAAAAACCCACAAUGGCACCGUCGUCGUGAAUGUCGCCAGUCCGAUCAUCGCAACUAAAGAGAUGUAGCAAAAAUCUAUUCGAACUUUUGAACGGCAUCGCAUUUGAAUUUGAUUGUAUAAACAAAAAACCAAAAUAAACAGCACUCAACAUACUUUCCCUCAACUUUAAGUGAAUUAUUGAAAUCAACAGAAAAGUCUGUACGAGCUGUAUAAAUUUUCCAUACUAAAGAAAAAGGCAAAUAAAACACUAACACGAUGAAAGCCAAAUUCAUUGUAAACUUC